GCGUUUCCUUCUCCGCCUGUUUGCAGAAUUAAAGUCUCUCGUACACGCUUCUCUUCUCGGCGGCGCUGCAGCAGAGACUCUUAUUGUGAAAUAUCGCUUUCACGUGUCUCUCAGCUCAGAGGAUCUUUGGACGCGCCGCGAGACGCAAAUAACCUUCACCAUGUCGAAGGAGGGAAAGGAGGAGGUCCCUGACAUUUCUCCCGUCUUAUUCCUGGACACAGGUGGACAAUCGAUGCGCUUCUAUGUGAGACCCGGCCCAACUAAAACUCAGCUUUACCCUCUGGUAACUAACGGAGGAGGCACUUUGUGUCGCAGUCAAGAGCCCGGAGCUAUUUUGCUGAUCGACCCCGGGGACGCGACUACAGUCACGGCGAGCUCCGGACAAAAGUACAUCUCUACGAAAUACGUCACAGAUUGUGUAGAGCAGAACCAGCAGCUGAAUCUGGACGACUAUGUGAUUAGCGCGGGACCGUCUGUCCAGACGAGGAUGGCGACCCGGCACCAGGGCAAUGGACAGUUGGGUUACUCGCCUGAAGACGACGCAGCCAUCUUGAAGUUCAUGGAAAAGCGGCAACAUGAAGCCAAAGGCAACCUGGUUUGGAAAGAGAUGGAGAAACGGCGCGUGACCGAGCACAGCUGGCAGUCCAUGAGGGAUCGGUUUCUAAAGCACCUCCAGCAUAAGCUCGUGAAGAAGAGUCCCACGAAAAGAAAACUGCUUUGUUUCACGCAAAGCCCUCUGCGUAAGAAGAAAGUCACUCAGAGCUCAGAACCUGAGAGUGAUAGCUUACAAAACUCUCCUCAGAAGUCUGUCGUUGUGUCGGAUUCAUCUGAAACACAAAUCGCCUCCGAGAACAGCGUGUGUCCAGCUGUGAGGACCGACCCUCAGCCUUCUCCAGAGAGAGCCAGUUCUCCUCCAGAUGUGGCUGAUGCUGCAGGUCAUGACAGUCAGGACGAGUCUCCCGUCCCGGUCCAAGAACAAGAAACUCCAGAGCCUGAAAUGUCCAAAAGAUCUGGAUUAGAUGAAGAUUGUGAUGGACGAGACAUUUCAGAUGGACCAAAUGAACAAUCAUCUCCCAUCAAAACAAGACAAACCACCUGCAAGGCCUCCACGCCUGAUUCGAGAAAACUUGGGAUUCUUGCAAAAGCUGCAAGAGAAUUUGAAGACUCAGAUGUGAUGGAUGAAAGUGAAGAAGUAGAAGAAGUGCCAAUCAUGAAGCCCUCAGACGCACGUGAAAGUUCAGCAUCACCUGCAGCAUUAGCUGGGGAACCAGAAACUCAAGCGGAGCAUCUCAAAGCCGCCCAACAGGAAGCACCAGGAGCUUUUUGUCGCUCACCAGCACCUGAGGAAGAGCGUCCAGGGCCUAGCUCCACGGCUGUCCCUGCAUCCUCAUCCCACGUCUUCAUCCUCGACUCCGAGUCACAGGACAAACACGACAGCCAAACGAGAGGAACUCCCUCCAACGACUUGGUAGAACAUGUCGAGGACUUGAUGACAAAGACCAAGAAAGAUCUGGUUGAGGUGACCAAGGCACUGUGGAAAGCCAGUGGUGACCUCGCUAGGGCUCAGGCGUAUCUGCUAGAUGGGUACGACCGUGAGAUUCACAGGCCUGUCUGGACCCAUCUAGAUGAUGAGAUCCUCCUGUUGGCUGACCCAUAUGAACUGGAGCAGCUUCAGUCCAAAUACGGAGAGGAGGAAGUGACCAGGAGAAGAGACUUCCUCACGGCUGGCAUUAACUGAGAGGAUUUGUUUUCUAAAACCAGCAGCUCAACUAGAUGGAACUAGUUACAAUAAUACUGU